AUGAGCAACAACGUUUUUGAAGCUGCAGCCUCUGGCGAUUUAGAUUAUAUAAGAUCAAACUUGGCUCAUAUCAAUGAUAAAAACGAACGUGAAUGGACACCUCUUCAUUUUGCUGCACGAUUUGGACAGCAGGGAGUAGCCAAGUUCCUGAAAGAGAAUGGUGCAGAUAUACACCAAACCAACUCAGAAGGAAAGACGGCUGCUCAACUAGCUGCUUUUUGGGGAAACACAGAAAUUGCUAAUCUGUUGCAAGAGACAUCGACUGUUGUCCGCUCUUUUCCUGACAACCAAAUCAAUGUCUUUGCAGGAAAUCAUUUAAAUAGAUAUGGUUGGGCAAGAGAUUCGGCUGAUUUCCUUUCUGAACUUGCCAAAUCCCCACGUUCGAAAUAUGUUGUGUUGAAGAAAUUAAAGGCUUUAUAUGAUGAAUCUGGUCAGCUUCAUCUUGUUAGCUAUAGCGAUGUUGCUUCUAUUGUGGAUGAAGUGUACACUGAGAAUGGGUUCAACAAAACUAAUGAUGAAAUCAUUCUUGUCUUUUUGGGUAUCGAUGAGACAAAUGGUAAAGGACAAGAUGGUGAAGCUUACUGGGCUUUGGAUUUAACACCUAAAGGAAAAUAUGAAAAUGAGUUGGAUGCACUUGUUAAAGGAUUUGAAUCUAGCUCAUUUGAAUUCUGCCCAACUCUUCCACGUGCAUUUACACUCAAAAGGUCAACCAGUGCAAUCAUUGCACAAGCUGUGGCCAUGGUCGAUUGGAAUUCACGCAACUUAUUUUGCUCUGCUUGCGGAAGUAAAACUGUAAUGGCGGAAGGAGGCCACAAGCGCACCUGUACCUCAACAAAGGAGGCACCCAAGUGCAUCAGCCACACCGGAAUUCAAAAUUUUGCCUAUCCAAGAACAGAUGCUGUUGUCAUUGCUUGCAUUAUUCAUCCAAAUGAAGACAAGAUAUUAUUGGGUCGUCAAAAGAGGUGGCCCAAGAAUAUGUAUUCGUGUAUAUCAGGUUUCAUAGAGGCAGCUGAAAGUUUAGAAGAAGCAGUACGUCGAGAAGCAUUUGAAGAAACAGGUAUUGUCGUAAACCGAGUAGCAUACCACAGUAGUCAACCAUGGCCAUUCCCGAAUUCACUUAUGCUUGGAUUUCAUGCUGAGGCACUAACCACGCAAAUUUCAUUUUCGGAUGAUGAAUUAGAGUCAGCCAAGUGGUUUACAAGGUCAGAGGUCAUGGCUGCGAUGAAAGGAGAAGCAAAUGCGCCACUCAAUCUACCGUUCAAAGGGUCACUUGCUUAUGUGCUUGUUGACGCUUGGUUACAUGAUAAAAGAUGGCAUAAUAAGCUUUAG